UUUGUAUGUUGCAAGUGCAAAUAGAUGGGCCAGCUAAGUUUUUAUUUAUGGGGAAAUAAAGAUUACAGCGGAGAAGAGGAGGAAAUGGCAAUAUAUUGUGGGGGGCAGGCCCAACUAGAGGGAGAGAGAGAGUAGUAAUAAGCGAUGAGAUGCGAUGUUUAUCUCCAUGAUGCGAGGGGCUGGGCUACUCUAGUUAGGUGGAAUCCUAACUAUUCUCGGCUUAUAUUUAGACUCUUUCUAUGAUCACUUGUUAUGGCUGCUUUUUCCUGUCAGAUUGGCACUGGAAUUUUCUGCCGUCUAAAUUUAUAGGGCCCAAAAUAGCAGAUAUCCAGGAUCGAUCUGUAGCAGCCCACGAUUCAUCCCGUUGAGUUGGAGCAUCUGCAGGAAGGUUUGAAGCUUCUUUCAUGGAGGAAGAGCACGAGGAAGUUGUGUUGCAGAGUUCCAAGCAUGUAUGCAAGGUCUGUAACAGAAGAUUCGCCUGCGGGAGAGCUCUGGGUGGUCAUAUGAGGAUUCAUGGAUCUGCUUCGCUUAAUCAAUUCAGUGGCCUGGAGGAAGAUGGUGGGCUGAAGAGGCGUCUUGUGGCGGAGGAGGAGGAAGAGGAGGAGGAGGAAGAAGAGCAGGAGGCGUCUUGUGGCGGCGAUCAUCUUCAAAUCAAGAAGAACGAGCAGAUGUACGAUCUGCGGCCAAAUCGCAGACGGACUUGGCGGUUUGCAGAUCUAGACUACUCUUUUGCUGCUGUUAAUGGUGAGUUCUGUAGCUCUAAAUUUCCAGUUUUUAAGAACUAUCAGGCUUGUGUGGAGUGUGGGGAGGAAUUCUCUUCUUGGAAGAGUCUCAUCAGACAUAUGGAAUGUCAUUUCGAUGAUAACAAAGUGGAAGGAGGGGGAGAAGAAGACGAGGAUGAUGAACAGAGCCAGUCAAAUGUGAAAGAGGAAGAAGAAGAGGAAGUGGGUGUUUAUUGGGACAGUGAGAGCGAUACGGAAAGGGCACCAGAGCGGAAAAAGAGCACCAAGGGCAAGAGAUCGAAUCGUGGGAACAAUACCCAGAGGCGACCUCGACCUAGUCCUAGUUCAGAAGUGGAGUUCAUGGCGAGUUGCUUGGUCAUGCUGGCGUCUUCAGGGGAGUCGUGGGAACCCACAAUUAAGCCCUCUCCUUCACUGGAUGACGAUUGCACUACAUCCCGAGCGAGGGAUCUCAAGCGCAAGAGAAGAACACCCCCAGCAGCUCUGUGUUCAGGUGAUUUGAAGAAGCUGGUGGUGCCCAUGCCGAUGCCCAAGAAAAUGAAGUACGAAUGCAAGACAUGCAAGAAAAUGUUCGCGUCAUUUCAAGCUCUGGGCGGACACAGGGCAAGCCACAACAAGGUCAAAGGCUGCUCGGCCAAGCAGGAUGACGACUUGGAAGAGGAAAUAAUCACCAGUGAUGAAGAUCUCUACAAGGAUUUGCCCCCCAAAUCCACACCGGACGAAGAAGAAUCAGUGGGUCUAGGCAGUGUCAUUUCACAGAAAUCCCCAUGGCUGGAUCUCAACUUGCCUGCUGCUCCAGACGAUGACCCCAAAUGGUUUCUCGCCACUCAAACCCAGCAGGGCUUAUGUUCAAUUUCUACUCCAACGUGAAGGACAGACGAUUCAUUCUAUUUGGUCUGAUUGAUUGGCUCUAUUUGUUCCUUCUCAUUUUUUUUAGUUCUCUCUCGUUUACAUUCUGUAAACUUCAAAAUCUUGGGCCCCCAAACUUGAAGAUUUUUCACAUCAUUCAUUCUUUUGUAAUUAUCAUAGUCUAAGUAAAAGCUAAGCUAAGAAGCUCUUCUGACAGGCAUCCAUGGCAGCAAUAGCAUUUACUGUUGUGUUGCUGUUCCUUUAUCUUUCCUUCUUUGUUUCUUUCUUUCUGGCGUGUGAAUGGAGGUGACAAGGAAAAGUCGAAAGUGGGUUCUGUUGCAUUGAAUUAAAGUAAAUCCUCCACAAGUAUGUGAAGCGGCGAGCAUUGAUUGAAAAGAGAAAGUGAAAAGAGAGAGAAAAUGAAAAUGGACAUUGCAGUGCAGUGCUUAGCGUGUACGCAGGGCAGAGAUGAGAAGAGAGGGGGGCGAAGUAGAUAAUGAGUCACCGUCGGUUUGAUGUGUAGGACACGGAUUAGCCGCUCAUUGUAUCACAAAACUCCAUCAUCAUCAUCAGAUUUUAUAUAUAUAUAUAUGGUUUUCUUCCUGUA